AUGGUGACCACGGAGGCGGCGGAGCCCGGAGAGAUGCGAAAGAUGCUGAAGCCCCUGGUGGAGAAGCGUCGCCGCGACCGCAUCAAUAGAAGCCUGGAGGAGUUGCGCCUGCUCCUCCUUCAAAGGACCCACUGCCAGGUCAGAGCCGAGAUCGCCGAAGCCAGGACGUCGCAAACCUGCUACAUGAUGGGCUUUCGGGAGUGCCUCCUGGGCCUGGCGGCCUUCAUCCAACAAGCUCACCCAUCCGUCCAAAGCCACCUGCUGGAUACGUUGCAUCUCUACCUCACCUCCAAGCCGGAACCUCAGGUCCAAGACUGGAGCUACCCAGGUUUCUCUCCGAGUCCUUCCUGGGAGGGGUCGUCCCCCAGAACUCCUGAAGCCUUCUGCUCUCCCCAGAAGAAACUGGAGGAACCCUUACGGAGCCCGGAUUCCCCUUCCUCUAGCACGGGACAACUCGGGAGUCAGCAGAGAGACACCCACCAGAGCGCCGGUUCGACCAAAAGGAUGCCCCCCCCACCAGCUUUUUUCUGGCGGCCCUGGCCCUAG